AUCCAACGCCCCCUUAAGCUUGCUAUCAAAGAAUUACAACAUGAAGACAUUGUCGCGGAAACCUUGACUCAACUGACGGCUGGUAGGACUGCUGAUGAAAUUCGACUUGAUGUCACAAAAGGAACACUCCAUGAUCGGUCCGUGCGCUGGGUUGUCGAGGCAUACAAGCUCAUCAACAAGCCUGACAUUGUGCAAAAAGCUUUCUCGCUCUGCAAGGCUGGUACUACUCCAUUCAACCUCUCUUUUGAGAGCCUUGCAAGUGUUGAAGCACGCCGUGUGCUUCGUGACCUGCCCCAAACAUAUCCAGAGAUGUGGCAGAGUAUUCAGCCUCACCAAAAACAAGCUGAUGAUGGUGCAGAAGGUGAUGCUGACACCAAUUUGGAU